AUGUAUAGGCAGUUUGAUGGGAUCCAAAAUAUUAUUGCACUCAUAAACUUAUCCAAUAAUAAAUUUAAUGGAGAAAUUCUUGAAGUCAUUGGAAACCUAAAAGGAUUGUAUGUCCUUGAUUUAUCCAAAAACAGUCUCAAUGGUAGCAUACCCUCUUCACUGGGAAAAUUAGCCAAGCUUGAAUCCUUAGACCUUUCUCAAAAUGAGCUUUCGGGGCAAAUCCCUUAUGAACUAGCCCAACUCUUUUUUCUUCAAUACUUCAAUGUUUCAUACAACCACCUCUCAGGGUCUAUACCACAGCAAAACCAAUUAAGUACCUUUGAGAGUAGUUCCUUUGAGGGAAACAUGGGAUUAUGUGGCAUUCCAUUGCCAAACUUGUGUGGAAACUCUGAAGCAUUGAAACCACCACUAGUUGAAGAUGAACAGCAAGAAGAGUCGAGUUAUCUUUUUCAAUUUGGUUGGCAAGUUGUGGUGAUAGGAUAUGGAUGUGGAUUUUUAGCUGGAUUAUUCAUAGCGAAAAUUGUGAUCCCUUGA